GCCGUUUAUUCAGAGCUCGUUCAGCGUCGUCAAUGGCAAGCAAGCGUUGUGGUGGAAAAGCGCAUACUGACUAGCGACAAUAACUUCCAAACGCACCAUGGUUUCGACAUCGAUUCCUUGCCUGUGGAUUACAUUUUGCCUUCAUUUAUGUUGUUACACGAACCUAGGAAUAGCACAAAAUACGAAAGAAGUGAUCCUGUUGGAUUCUAAAGCUCAGCAGACAGAGCUGGAGUGGAUUUCCUCUCCUCCUAGUGGGUGGGAAGAAAUCAGUGGACUAGAUGAAAACUAUACCCCCAUCCGCACCUACCAGGUCUGCCAGGUCAUGGAGCCCAAUCAGAACAACUGGCUUCGGACUAACUGGAUAGAGAAGGGCGAUGCCCAGAGGAUUUUUGUGGAACUGAAGUUCACCUUGAGGGAUUGUAACAGUCUACCAGGUGUGGUGGGGACGUGCAAGGAGACGUUCAACCUGUAUUACCAGGAAACCGAGUCCGAGGUCGGUAGGAAUAUACGAGAGAGCCAGUACGUGAAAAUUGACACUAUUGCCGCCGACGAGAGCUUCACCCAGGGAGACCUGGGGGAGAGGAAGAUGAAGCUGAACACCGAAGUGCGCAUAAUCGGGCCUCUCUCCAGGCGGGGGUUUUACCUUGCCUUUCAGGACGUGGGGGCCUGCAUCGCCCUGGUGUCCGUCAAGGUGUACUACAAGAAGUGCUGGUCUAUCAUUGAGAACCUGGCCACCUUUCCGGACACGGUGACCGGGUCGGAGUUCUCCUCCCUGGUGGAAGUGGAGGGGACGUGCGUGAGCGACGCCGAGGAGGAGGCCGACAAUUCCCCCAAGAUGCACUGCAGCGCUGAGGGAGAAUGGCUGGUGCCCAUUGGGAAAUGUAUCUGCAAAGCUGGAUUUCACCAGAAGGGUGAUGCGUGCGAACCCUGUGGCCGCGGGUUCUACAAGUCUUCCUCCCAGGAUCUGCAGUGCUCCCGGUGCCCGGCGCACAGCUACAACGACCGGGAAGGCUCCUGGCGCUGCGACUGCGAGGACGGCUACUACCGGGCCGUCUCGGACCCGCCCUCCGUGGCCUGCACGAGACCCCCCUCGGCGCCGCAGAACCUGGUCUACAACAUCAACCAGACCACGGUGAGCCUGGAGUGGAGCCCCCCGGCGGACACGGGCGGCCGCAGCGACGUCACCUACAGGAUUAUGUGCCGGCGGUGCAGCUGGGAGCCGGAGGAGUGCGCGCCGUGCGGCGGGAACGUGGGCUACUCCCCGCAGCAGUCUGGAUUAGCGGACACCUACGUCACCGUCCUGGACCUGCUGGCGCACGCCAACUACACCUUCGAGGUGGAGGCCGUCAACGGCGUCUCGGACCUCAGCCGCACGCAGAGGCUGUUCGCCGCCGUCAACAUCGCCACCAGCCAAGCAGCUCCCUCCCAGGUCAGCGAAGUCAUCAAGGAGCGGGUUCAGGAGCGGAGCGUCCAGCUCUCCUGGCAGGAGCCCGAGCAGCCCAACGGCGUCAUCACCGAGUACGAGAUCAAGUACUACGAGAAGGACCAAAAGGAUCGUAUUUAUUCAACGGUGAAGUCGAGGUCAACUUCAGCCACGGUGAACAACCUGAAGCCGAGCACGGCCUACGUGUUUCAGAUCCGAGCCUUCACUGCCGCAGGGUACGGCACGUAUGGGCCCAGGCUGGAGGUCACCACAAAAGAGGAGGCGACAGCCACAAUUGUCUCCAGCGAACAGAACCCCGUCAUCAUCAUCGCAGUUGUGGCCGUGGCAGGAACCAUCAUCCUUGUGUUCAUGGUGUUUGGCUUCAUCAUUGGGAGAAGGCACUGUGGAUACAGCAAAGCAGACCAAGAAGGAGACGAGGAGCUGUACUUUCAAUUUAAAUUUCCAGGCACCAAAACGUACAUUGACCCCGAAACCUACGAGGACCCGAACCGAGCAGUCCACCAGUUUGCCAAAGAGCUGGACGCCUCCUGCAUUAAGAUUGAGAGAGUCAUCGGCGCAGGGGAGUUUGGAGAAGUGUGCAGCGGGCGCUUGAAGCUUCCUGGCAAGAGAGACAUGUCAGUUGCCAUUAAAACCCUUAAGAAUGGCUACACGGAGAAGCAGAGGCGGGACUUCCUGUGUGAGGCCAGCAUCAUGGGACAGUUCGACCAUCCAAACGUGGUCCACCUAGAAGGCGUCGUGACCCGUGGAAAACCUGUCAUGAUUGUGAUUGAAUACAUGGAGAAUGGAUCAUUAGAUGCAUUCCUUAGGAAACACGACGGCCAGUUCACAGUCAUCCAGCUGGUGGGGAUGCUUCGGGGUAUCGCGGCCGGGAUGAGGUACCUCUCCGACAUGGGAUACGUCCAUCGGGAUUUGGCCGCGCGCAACAUCCUUGUCAACAGCAAUCUCGUAUGUAAAGUGUCCGACUUCGGGCUGUCAAGAGUGAUGGAGGACGAUCCCGAGGCUGUUUACACGACGACGGGGAAGAUGCAGGACAUAAUGAAUUUGACCUUUACCCCAGCAAAUGAUCUGCAUUUUACUGAACAGGGCGGAAAAAUCCCCGUACGGUGGACGGCGACAGAAGCCAUCCAGUAUCGCAAAUUCACGUCCUCUAGCGAUGUGUGGAGUUACGGCAUUGUCAUGUGGGAGGUCAUGUCCUAUGGGGAGAGACCCUAUUGGGACAUGUCCAAUCAAGAUGUAAUAAAGGCGAUUGAGGAGGGCUACCGUCUCCCCGCCCCCAUGGAUUGCCCGCCUGGCUUGCACCAGCUGAUGUUGGACUGUUGGCAGAAGGAAAGGGCCGACCGCCCCAAAUUCGAUCAGAUAGUCGGCAUCCUCGAUAAAAUGAUUCGCAAUCCCAACACUUUAAAAACCCCCGUUGGAACAUGUACAAGACCCAUUAGCCCCCUGUUAGACCAGAACACACCGGACUUCACCACUUUCCGCUCAGUCGGAGACUGGUUGGAAGCCAUCAAAAUGGAGAGGUACAAAGACAACUUCACGGCAGCCGGGUACAGCUCAUUGGAAUCCGUGGCGAGGAUGACUAUUGAGGAUGUGAUGAGCUUGGGAAUCACUUUAGUGGGCCAUCAGAAAAAGAUCAUGAGCAGCAUACAGACUAUGAGGGCUCAGAUGCUGCACCUCCACGGGACGGGUGUCCAGGUGUGACUGACGACACUGCCCCCUGCAGGGCGGGCAAAGACUUACCCAGAACAAUUCCACAGCGCUACUGUGGACAAUCAUAGAAAAACAUGAAUGAAUACAAGAAAAAAAAAGACAAAAAAAAAACAAAAAACAAAAAAACAAAAACGUGUUGCUUCCCGUGUGUGACUCUUACGGAUUUACGGAACUUAAAAACAAACAAAAAAACAAA